AUGUCUCAAAAAAAGAAGAUGGCCGGGUCACCCAAACACUUCUCUUCGGGCGCCGAGAUCACCGUGUCGGAGCUGGACCGUCAGGCGCCGGUGAGCUUUGUCGGUGACGGCGGCGAGGAAGCAAGGCUCGACCCCACUACCGGCGAUGGAGUGCUGGGCAAGAAGCUGAGUACGCUGGGAGCGAUUGCGCUCGGGUACACGUCGCUCUCUACAUGGAUCGCCUACUCGGCGAGUGCAGCCACGGCGCUGGCGAGCGGAGGAGCCAACGUUUUGGUGUGGGGCAUGAUCAUUGUGGGCGUCUGCAACAUGGCGGCUGCCAUCACGAUCGCCGAGCCGGCCUCGCAAUUUCCCAACGCCUCGGGCCAGGCGGCAUGGGUGUAUCGGCUGCACGGACGCUAUCUGUCGUACUUGACUUCGUGGCUGGUGCUGCUGGGCUACAUCUUCUUGAGCGUAGCGGCGCAGCUGAUCACGACGGUCAUCUUGCUCGCCAUGAUCAACCUCACGUUUCCGUCUUAUGUGAUCGAGACGUGGCACGUGUCGGUGUCGAUUGUUGCGACGGCGGCGUUCAGCUUUGUGGUGGCGGGGAUCGCGUCGAAGCUGGUGUCGAGGCUCAACGUGUUUGCGUUUACGUGGUCGGUGCUGGGACUGGUGGUGGUGGUCUUGACGCUGCUGAUCCAAUCGCGCGGCAAGUACAAUACGGUCGAGUUUGCACUGGUGGACAUUGUCAACGUGUCGGGAUGGGGGAACAACUUUGUCCCGUGGGUGUUGGGACUUUCGCAGGCGGCGCUGUCGACGACGGCGAUGGAUGUGCCGACGCACUUUUCGGAAGAGAUGGCCAACCCGGCGCGCCAGGUUCCGAUUGCGAUCUUUGGCGGGCUGGGGACGAGCAUUGUGGUGACGCUGGCGUAUGCGUUUGUGCUCGUAUUCACGCUGCCGGAACUGGAUGCGAUCAUCACCACCUCGACGGGCUUUCCGUUUGCCGAGAUGCUGCGGCUCAAGACGUCGCGCUCGGGCGCGAUUGUGCUGCUGCUCAUCCCGCUCGUGUCGUUCCUGAUCACGUCGGCGGACGUGGCCAUGGCGGCGAGUCGAUGCAUCUACGGCUUUUCGCGCCAGCGUGGCUUCCCCUUCUCAACGUUCUUUGGCACGGUCAACACGAGGUUCGACUCGCCGCUGCGCGCCGGUCUGCUGGUUCUGGUGUGCCAGAGCUGCAUCGGGCUUAUCUACCUUGGCAAUACGGCGGCGUUCAACGCGAUCAUCUCGGUGCCCACGUUGCUACUCGCCGUGUCGUAUGCGAUCGUGGCCGGGGUGUGCCUGGCCGCGAGGUACCGAGCCGGCCGAGCCGAGCCAAGUGGAGGCACGGUCGACAAGCAAGCUGGCAGCAUGGGAUCCGACUCGUCCGAGGGCGACGGUGCUUGGGAUCCGCCGUUCAGGAUGCCCAAGUGGUUGACCAUUUCGGCCAAUCUGCUCACGAUUGCAUUUACGGUGCUGCUCUGCGUCUUCCUAUCGCUGCCGCCGACGUGGCCGGUGACGAGCGCCAACAUGAACUACACUUCAGCCUUCCUGGUGGGCAGCUUUGCCAUCCCGGCCGUGUGCUGGAUCCGGUAUCGCCAUGCCUACGAGGGGCCUCUUGUACACUAG